AUGGAUCGUCCUCGAGACUCUUUCUCCUCGCUGCUGCUGUCACAUUGGGCGAAAUUUACGGCCAAUGUCAGGGCUGUCAACGCUGGAUCCUGGACUUGCGUCGUGGAUGGACGCAACUUGGACCUCGCUUCAGUUGUUGUCAUCGCAAGAUAUGGAGGAUCGGUUGAUCUCGACCCAGCUGCUAUGCGUGCCAUCACCGCCAGCGCAGAAGCCUUCCAAGCCAGCCUGUCGAAAGGGCUCAUCGUCUACGGGGUGAACACAGGCUUCGGGGGCAGCGCUGACACUCGUCCAGACGCCAUCGAAGAGCUCCAGCACGCGCUCAUACGCGGCCUCCACUACGGCGUUCUGGCAGACCCGACGCGACGAAGCCCUCUGCAGGGCGCGUUGUCACUGUCCAACAUGGCAGCUUUGCUCGACAACACCGCCUUGCCCAUCGACCACCCCACGGCGGCGACCUGUAUGCCAGAAGCCUGGGUUCGAGCCUCGAUGCUGGUCCGCCUCAAUUCUCUGGCCGGCGGCGUCUCCGGAACUAGACUCGCCACCGUCCAGGCGCUCGCGCAACUGAUCAACAAAGACGUGGUCCCUCGCGUUCCGAUCAGAGGAAGCAUCUCUGCCUCCGGCGACCUCAGCCCGUUGUCGUAUAUCGGAGGCGUCAUGCAGGGCAAACCGAGCCUGACGGCGUGGGUGGGCAGUCGUUUGCCAGAUGGAUCGCGCCCCGUGGAACGCGCAGACCGCGCCCUGGCCCAGGCUGGCAUCGAGCCCAUUUCUCUCGGACCCAAGGAGGGCCUCGCCAUCGUCAACGGGACAGCCGUAUCGGCCGGCGUGGCUGCUCUGGUGCUUCACGAGGCGCAUCUCCAGGCGGCACUCUCCCAGGUUCUCACGGCCAUGACCGUCGAGGCCCUGUGCGGCACUGAUGAGAGCUUCGAUCCGUUCCUGGCCAAGGUGCGCCCUCAUCCCGGCCAGAUCGAGUCGGCACGGAACAUCUUUGCCUUCCUGGCCGAUUCCCAGCUCGUCCAUCGCAGCGACGGAACCGAAGAAUCCUCCCUCCGCCAGGAUCGCUACUCGAUCCGCACGGCCUCGCAAUGGAUUGGCCCCGUCCUGGAAGACCUGACGGCAGCACACCGGCAAAUCCUCAUCGAGAUCAAUUCCGUCACGGACAACCCUCUGAUCGACACCGAAGGGGCACGCAUCUUGCACGGAGGGAACUUCCAGGCCAAGGUGGUGACUUCAGCGGUGGAAAAGAUCCGGCAGGGCUGCCAGACGAUCGGGCGGAUGCUGUCGGUGCAGUGCACGGAGCUGAUCAACCCAGCGACAAACCGCGGGCUGCCCCCGAACCUGGUGGUCGACGAGCCCAGCGAGUCGUAUAUCUGGAAAGGGACGGACAUCCUAGUGGCUGCACUGCAGUCGGAGCUGGGGUUUCUCGCAAACCCGGUGGCCAGCCACGUCCAGACGGCCGAGAUGGGCAACCAGUCCCUGAACUCGCUGGCGCUGAUAUCGGCUCGCUACACGCUGGACGCGCUGGAUGUGCUGUCGCAAUUGGCGGCCGCGCAUCUCCUGGCUCUCUGCCAGGCGCUUGACCUGCGCGCCAUGAACCUCCGGUUUCUCGAGGCUUUCGCCGGGGAGUUCCAGGCCAUCACGACGCAUGCUUUCAGCGGCAUCCUUCGGGACGCAGCCCAGUUGGACGACCUUCAAACGAGACUGUGGGGAGCACUGAAGAUGCACCUGGGUCGCACGGCGCACAUGGAUUCGAGCAAGAGGUUUACCUAUAUCAUGGAAUCGCUGCAACCGCUGAUCCUGAAGUCGACGCCGUCCUCGGUAGAAACUCUUUCAGCGAUGAAAUCAUGGAUGGCUCAGUGUAGCGACCGCGCUCUGGAGCUGUUCAGCAUCACGCGCUCGCAGUAUCGAAGCCAGCCCGAUGCGUGUCCGUUUCUGGGCGCUGCUGCCCGCCGGAUGUACAGCUUCGUGCGCGGACGACUCGGAGUGCCGUUCUUCGGCGAAGAUGAGAUCAAGACGCCUGAUCCAGCGGGGCUGUCCGAUCAUAGCGGCCAUACUGCGCCCUCAGUGGGAGCAUUCAUCUCCACGGUCUACGAAUCGAUCCGCUCUGGCGCGCUCUACGAUCCGGUCAUUGAAUGCUUCCGGGAUGCUGCGAGAUGA